UGUACCGGGCUGCAAAGUUUCCGCUUCCGAGGUGACGACGGCAGCAGCGGUAGCCGGGAGGGCUCGACGACGGGGGUACCAAUUUGUCCCCCCGGGGAAAGGGGAGCUUGGAGCGACGGGAGCAGAGUCAGGUUGAAACUAGAGGAAGAGACGCAGUGAUUUUGUGACGGCUUCACAAGAAGGACCUUGGCAUCUUUCCUCCAGAGUGGGCCACCCUGAAGGGUGAUUUAUGUUUUGGGUGUCCCGUCUGCAAGAGUGGUGCAGUCUGUAGCUUCCCCCAGCUUUCACAGAGCUGCGGAAACUUGCUGUGCACCAUUCUGGGCUCUCCAACUCCAGAAAGAUGUCAACAAAGUGGAAGCUAUUGGACAGGACCAGCGCAGAAACAACUUGCUGAAAGAUUUUAAGAGUCUUAAAAUUCAUUCCUUGGUGAGAGAGAGAGAGAAAGCGUAAGCACUUGGCGUAAUCUACGUAUUGAGGACUGUCAGACAAACGCAAUGGCUCAGGCAAGUCUCCUGGCCUGCGAGGGCCUCUCCGGGGUUUGUCUUGUUCCAACUGUGGCCAGCAAGAAGAUGAUGCCGAAGCAAAGCUCCAAGCAGGUGGAGAACGGAGAGAGAGGGGGUGCAGCGGACAUGCUGGGCCACCAUAAAGAGAGUGAGAAAUCACGCAGCCGGAAGGAAGAGGAAGCAACAGAAGGGUCUCCAACUAAAAAGUCCCUUAAAAAGGUGGUGGUGAUUGAGCAGAAUGGAUCCUUCCAGCUCCGGAUUCCCAAGAACUUUAUUUGUGAGCACUGCUAUGGAGCAUUCCGGAGCAGUUACCACCUCAAGAGACACAUCCUCAUCCAUACAGGUGAGAAGCCGUUUGAGUGUGAUGUGUGUGACAUGCGCUUCAUCCAGAAAUACCACCUGGAGCGCCACAAACGUGUUCAUAGUGGGGAGAAACCAUACCAGUGUGAGCGCUGCCUGCAGAGCUUCUCCAGAACAGAUCGGCUGCUGAGACACAAACGAAUGUGUCAGGGUUGCCCAGGCAAAGCAUCCGACUCACAGCUGCUGCUUUAGGGGUAGGCUGGGAAAGGGGCAUUUACAAGGAGUGAAAAGCCAACAGGAUUCUCUGUGGGUUCUUUGUUGGUUUGGGUUUUUUUGGCGCUUCUGUUUGCCUGCUGGGCCUACCCCUCUGGACUGGGGGAGACCUGAGCGGGGCACAGACUUUCAGACAAGGUCUUGACACUGUAAAUAAGUUGAGGACAAACAGGGGCUUGCUUCCCAGCCAGCAGAAACCCCUUGCAAUUGUGGAUGAACUUUGCCUGGGUUGUUCUCUUCUUUUUUUCUUUUUUUGGAAGUAAUCACCAUUUGCCUCAGGAAAGGCUUUGAGAGAACAGCUGGGCCUCCUGCAGGUCCUCAUGAGGACAGUCAAUGCUCUUGAUUGAUAGAUCUGCCAGCUGGCCCAACCUCUGAGCUUGAGAAGAUGACAGAGCGACAGCCUAAUCCAUGGUCUUUUAAAGAAACACGCGCACACAAAUUAAGACACACAAGCACCAAACUGUUUUUUUCCAGGGCUCAGACACAAAAGCAAUGGAUUUAAGAGAGGUAGCAACUGAAGACUUUCAUUCCAAGAGUCACGGGAGUCUGUUUCUCAUCAGAGCCUUGUUGUAAGGUCUACAGAGCUUUUUAUUUUCCUAAAGUAUCUUGGUUUAUGAUUUCUCGACCCUCAGGUUUCAAGAAACAAGGGCUGGAGAGGGUGGCGGUUAUUGUUAAAGUCUGCUCUUCAGGUGUUACCACUGGCACGAUUCAUGAGAUACUGAUGAUAUUCAGCUGGUUGGCGGGACACAUCUGACUACUCUCCAUGACUUGAAGAGAGUUUCAGGCCUUUACAGAAAGUUGGCUCCUGUCCCCCUUCCCUGUACAUAUCCAUAGAUUCAGGAUCCAUCCAACUGAAUGCCCCUGCAUCGUUUUUCAGAUGUGAAUCCUUGUUUCCUGAGCUAGCUACAGUCCAGGGUCACCAAUCUUUGACUGUCUACACUUCAGGGAUUGGGACUCAAAAGUCUUCCUCUGUGGCAGUGGGGAAUGAUAGUUCAUUUUGGGUGACAUGGGGAAAUAAUUCACAAUAUGAACUACAGAACUGAAUGUUUGGGGGCCAGAGUCCAUUAACACCCUUGCUCCAUUAAAUCAUUUUCUUGAGCCUGAUGGAAGUACAGCUGCUAUCUUGGGAAGCAGAGGCUCCUGGUUGCUCUGGGCUGCCCAGUUGUUACAGGCCUAGUUGAUAGAAGCCUCUUGCCAAAGGGUUCAGCCUGUUUCAGAAUACGCAGUUUCAGCCAGUGCUAUUUUCUCUGCUUGGUUUCAGUGAAGUCUUACAGGGAAAGCAGAGGUCUCCAAAGUCUGUCAUUGGUUCUUGCAUUUGCAGAGGUUUGGCCUAGAGAGGAGAUAAUGACCCACUACGUACUCUUGUCAUUGAAACUUCCACCUGUGCAACUGGAAAGGUUUGUAAAUAGAGGUAGGAUGUUUCAGCCACAACUGCUUUCUCCAAAUGUACAAUCGCCUAAAGAAUUCCAGUGCACAAGCAAUAGAGGCUAUGCUCUAGAGGCUGAGCAGAGAAAUACCACUUGGUAAUUUGUAGAGAUGUUUGUUGUAGAGGUGACAGUUAUGCUCUUGGUCAUUUCCAAAGUGGCUGUCUCCCCAGGAAACCCUGCUACUUAGAUUCCCUUGCCCUUCCAUAGCCAUUCUGGCUAGAGCAAUCUGGGACACUUGAGUGCUUAGUGAUCUGUGGGCCUGUACUCUUCCCACAAGAGACACUGCACUGGAGCACUUAACCCAGCACAAGCUCACAAUUUAGCCAAAGUGGUAUGAUGGAACAGAAGGAACCAUUCGGAAUAUACAGGAAACACAAUCGCAAGUUUUGCAACCAUUUCUUCUGUGCUCCUUUUGGAAGAGCAAGUCAGGUCCUGUUGUGAGAGGGAAAGGAUGUUAAAUACUCAGGCUGCUUCCUGGUCUUUUUGGCUACUUCCCCUGUAGUCUGCCCAAGUAGACACUGAAGAGCAAAGAAAGCUUGUCGAAUUCUUUUUCUGUGUGUGUGUGUGUGUGUUUGUUGGAAGAGCCAGUGUUUCACUUCCACUCUGCUUAAUUAGGUAAAGCACAGUGCAAACUCCCAUUGUAGCCAGAGUUAGCAGCAUUUCCUUUUACUUGGCACACCAUUUAUGCUGAAUAGUUCAUGUGCCUGAUUGUCAAUGUAACUCUUGGAAUUGUGACUUGUUGCUAUUUUGAUGGGGGCCAGCAAAAAGCAUUCUCCAACCACUGCAACUUUGAAACAACAAAUGAGCAACCAUGUGGCUUGCUUUCUUUCAUCUUUAUAAUUUCUGCUUAGAAAUUAUAACCACCUAUACUGCUUUCCCCAAAAGGAUAAAUGGGAUUCUGCAUUAGAAAAGGUGCAUGGAAAUAUGGGGCGUUGAGAAGGAAGCAGGAGGGAUUGUUUCUUAUGCCACAAUUCCAUGAGGAAGCAAUAGCAUGCUGAAUCUGAAGAAUCUUGGCUCAAGGUGAAGAGAAAGGCAGAAUACUAUAUAUACUGUGGAGGGAAAGUCUCUUUCUCGAACACUAGGUGUUGCUGUUCUGCACUCUUCUAGUUAAUCCUCCGGCACUAAUCCGUCAGGAAUUGAGACAUGACAUAACCAAGCAUAGUCAGUGUUGCUGCUUAUUGCUCCAUUCAGUAGGCUGGAAACAUACAUCGCUUGAGCUGAACUGCUGCUUGCUGCGAAUUCCCCUCUGUGCCAAACAGGGUAAUAGCCCCCCCCAUUGCCCAGAUCCCUUUUAAGCACGUGUGAUUCAGAUUUCAAAGGUGUUUGGGUUUUUUUAAAUCUGCCUGCAAGUAUGCUAUCUAUAAGGCUUUGGGAUGGUGGCAACACUGUAAUGUGCUGUGGAAUGAGCACUCUUUUUGUCUGCUGUUAUACUUGGAAAACAAAGGAGGGAGGCACUGAUGCAGAAGCAGGACAAGAAGCAUAAAAAGUGUGCUGAAGAUGUAUUUCUCUGAGCCCAGCAUGUUUUGAGUCAAUGCCUAUUCUAAAGAGAGCUAUAUGAGGUGAUAUAAUGAAGUUGUAGACAAGCCAUUUAGUAUGGUUUUAAAAGACUAUCUACAAAUGUAAAUGCAUCAUAAAAACUAUGCAUCAAAGUUGUAUACAACACUACUUAUACAGUGGCGUAAAUUGAACUUAAAAAUUGUCAUACUUCCCUGAAAAUAUACCAGCCCAAUCAUAAAUGCCAAAAAAGGAAGGGUUUUCUUUAUACUCUUAUAGGCAAGCAUGGUCAUUUAUUUGACAUGUCAUCACAGCUCUGUCACUGUUUCAUUUUACCAUCCUUUUGGUUCCUGUAAUAUUACAGGCUCUCGUGCCUUUAAGUACAUUGCAGUCAUAUGGCUAAUCUCAUUUCUGAGACAGACUUUCUUUUUCAGUUCACUUGGUUCUGUAGGACUAUGUGCCUUGAGGUUUUCUGCUGCUGUAGAUUUAAUCCCUUUCCUGGGCUGAAGAGCAUUUUCCCUUCCUCCUUUUGAGAAACACCAUAGUCCCUUUUCUCAUUUGGCCAUGAAGGCCAAAUAAAGUUUCCUCUGGACUUAUUCUCUCAAAUGACUCUUGGGACAGUAUAGACUUCUUUGUUUAGUCAGGAAACAUUAACCUCUUUCCAACAUAGGUUAGGUUUUGAUAAAAGGACUUUAUCAUACUUGUAUGAUAAGGGGACACAGAUAAGAGAUUUUGCUUACAGUAAAUCAAAGACUUAGUUGCAUCUUAAGUUGUGUUGUGCAAGUGUCGUACUUUGCUGCAACUUUUGGCAUCAUGAUGCAUUUAAUUUUCUAGAUAUUAUUUCUAGAAAACAUCUUAUUGGCAUUUUGGAUUAUAUACUGCCUCUAGAGUCACAGACUUGAUACAUGUUGGGCUUAAGAAAAUACAUAACCUGUAGACCUUUUUCAUGGUUUUCGUCUGUUUUUACUGUUGCAUUUAGACAAUGCAGUUGUUUGGUAGCCAUCGGUCUCCCCACACCCUGUAAAUAAGCCAGCAAAGGAAAACUUGUCCUCUUGCUCAGGACAAAAUGUGGUGGAGCCCUAACCUUGUUCUGGAGCAGAGAUGCAAGUUUUCUAGACAUUUUGGGGGAAACCCUUUACAUGAAAUUCUUAGAAAAUUUUAUUAUGCAGAUUCUCCUAAUGCCCUCAAUAUAUUGCGAUCUGGUUUGAUAUGUUUGAACUAUAUAUUUGGGUUUCUCUUUUUAAAAAAAAUCUCCAUAUUGAUUUUUCCAUACCAUAUUGCAAGGGUGUUCAAGUAGCCAAGUAGUUGAACUGAUAUAUAUUUAACUGGGAGGUGGGGGAAGGAAUAAAGACACUUAAUAUGGUUUUACUGAAACAAAUUCAAAACAUUAUAUGGAAAGAAAUGGUUUUUUACUGGAAUACUAAAAUCAAUAAAACAUCCAUAUACUCUCUCACAUACUUCCUGGGGUAAUCACCUGAAAAACAUUAAUAUAACUUAGAAGAUUGCCAUGUGAUAUCACAUUGGCAUCCAUUCUUUGUUACUAAUGAAUUUUAUAAAGCAAUGAGUUUUUAGGAAUGGUAAUUCUUUUCAACAGAAAAGUGUAGGAUCCCCAUAUCUCUGCUCUGGAGCCUGUCUCCCCACACAUAGUAAUAGCUUACAUCAGACACUGACUGCACAUGAACUUUGCUGUUGUGGUUUUUCUUGGAAUCUGUCAAUAGUGUGUGGGCCACAUAGCUGCUACAGAGAGAGUGGGUGGGUGGAGAGGAUGUAGCUUCUGUUUUCUGUUGCAGACACCUUCCUCGUACAGUUGGCAUGCUGCCAAUUUGUGGUUUAUCUGCUACCGCAGGUUGCCAUUUCAGCAUAGGGCCCUGUGGUUCCACUCAACCCUGAAAGUGAAUUGUUUGCAAAGUAUGACUAUCUUGCAUAACACAUCUGUGUCUGAUGUACCCUAUUGUUCUCAGAGGGAGAGUUUUCAAGUGUCUGGGGUGGGGGGGAUGCUUUGGGGGAAACAUGAAACAUGGGUCCUCCUUGGGUGUUUAGAGCAUAGUCUGCAAGUUUCUAGUGGCUACUGCAGAGUAAUUCAGCAAAAUUCCAUGGUCAAGCUCUUCCUAGACAGUGCCACUUCAGGUGGUAGGUGGCAUGUAUGAAUGUGUUGUGAUGAGAGGGGAAAGUGCUCUACACACAGGCUGACAUACAGAGAAAGGAAGUGCACAGGUGCUGUGAAAGAGCAGCCUUACAGAACUUCCCAACUAACUGUACUGGUGUACCAGGAAGCAGCCAUUUUUGACAUCCUCCCUUUCCUCAGGAAGCCCUCUGUGCCACCUGGAAAUGCAUCCGCUAAAGCAGGUAUCCUCAAUGUUGGGCCCCCAGAUGUUCUUGGGCUUCAACUCCCAUAAUCCCCAGCCAAAGGCCACUGGGCCUGGGGAUUAUGGGAGUUGAAGUCAAAGAACAUCUGGGGGCCCAACGUUGAGGAUCCCUGCGCUAAAGGGACUGCUGUGAGAUACAUUUUCAGGUGGCUCAGAGGCCUUCCCGCCUAAGAAAAGAGUGUCAAAUGGCUGCUUCACUGUUGCAGAUAGUUGGGAGGUUCCGUUGGCCUGCUUUCUCGCUGCACCAGUGCCUCCUUGCUCUGAAUGGAAAGCUCUUAUAUGGGAGGGCAGGGUGCAUCCUAACCUCCUCCCUGAUACUUUCAUUUUCUGCACAUAGGGGAGUAUUUUCUUUCUCCUUUCCCCUUCUCCAUAGAGGAGCAGUUGAGCAUGCAGCUUUCCCUGUCUGAAAUGGCAGUCUGAGAAAAGCCUUAUCAUAUUCUGCUGUGGUAAAUUGGCCCUUAGUCCCAGUGAAGUCAGUGAUACUUUGAUUAAGCAAUUCAAGCAUUUCAGCAUUUAUGAUUUAAACCAGGGUUUCUUAACCUUGGGCCCCCAGACGUCGUUGGACUACAACUCCCAUCAUCCCCAGACAUGGCCUUUGUGGCUGACGAUGAUAGGAGUUAUAGUCCAACAACAUCUGGGUGCCCAAGCUUAAGAAACCCUGAUUUAAACUGUUGGUCUUGUUCUUGACUGUUGUACAGCAAUGACAAAAGCCCUUGGCUAAACUGCUUGCAGGUGGGAUGAGUGGUUCAUAUCAACAAGGGAUUGGCCAUAGCUCUUAGUGAGAUGGGUGUCCUUGAAAAGGGCCUCUUGCAUUUCUUGUUGGUGGAGGUGAAUUUGGGUACAGAAGUGCAACCUGACUAGAAAGUUUCACUGGCUGCCACAGGGGAAGGUGCAAAGGGCCACCAGUUUCAAAAUGAAUCUUGUUUGUUCAAAUAGUAGCGUGAAGAAGUGGUGUCAGAAGAAAGUUGUCUUGACAACGUGUCACAAGGGUGAGAUGAACAGAAAUGCUCCCUUGCAGCUACAAGCAGGAAUGUCACGUCGGCUCUCUGUGUUAAACGUUCUUCAUAGUGCCAGAAAGGUCAGUUGCCCAGCUCUCACGGUUGUGAAGAAUUAAUAGAACUGCAAGGCCGUCUGAUGCAAAGCAGUAGCAGCUUGGAAACUGGGCCCUGUGUAAGCUGUGAAACGUUUUCUCCUAGCAUGGAGAACAUGCAGAUUUCAUGCAGACUUGCAAUCAAACACAGCCUGUUUAGAUGCAGUGUCUUAACCCUCCUGGAGGUUGCAGAAAAGCCCAGUGUUGUGAAUGCACUUGGGGUAGUGAGCUUUUGCCUGAGGUUCCCCGCCCCCUCCGCCCGACUCAAAAUGUUCCUUGUAUACACAGCCAAGUUCAUGGAUAAGCUGCUCGCUUUUUAGCUGUGGCCUAGGAUUAAUACGCUUUGGGGAGUAGCUGCAUUUCCCUUUGCUGUCUACCCCCAUGUUCUCCGAGGCCAGCAUCAUGGGUCUGGGGGCAUGGCUUGGAGCUUGUUGAAACUCCUCUUUUCAGUGGUGUGUCCAUGAGAUUCCCCCAGGGAAUGGUGCUUGGUGAGACUCAGUGUAUGCAGUAGACUUGCUUCUGGGUGGAUUUUUUGCUAGCCUUGAUUUUAGAAAGGGGGUGAGGCAGGGAAAAGGGGGUGCUGUUUUGCAGUUCAUACUGAUGGACACAGCGUCCUUCCGCUCAGCAAGGGAGAGAAAAUCCCAGCACUUCUUGGCUUUUGUGUUCAGCCAGACCUUGCCCAUGUUACUCCAGCCUCACAGCCUAGCAUUGGUCAAAGUCAAAAAGCCUCUUUCCUCUCCUCUCCCGUGCUUAUUUUCUCUUCUCCCUCCCUCCCCCCACUUCCCUUUAAUUCACUUAUUUUUAUUAUGGGGGAGGGAAUUGGGGCAGGGGUGUGUUACCCAAGGGCAGGAUCACUUUUAAACUAGUUUUUAUAAAAUGUUAUAAACUUGUAUCUUUUUACUAUUACAGUGUGGUGUCUGUCCCUUUUUGUGAUCUAUUUUAGGCUACUGAAAUAAAAUAUGUUUGCUUCUCCCCCUUC